CACAAGCUAUUGUCCAAUCAACGGUUUCCAAGAAUUUAAACUAGUAGCGGCUCCUAAAGCUCAACGACCUUAACAAAAAAUAAAUAAACAAGUAAAGCCUGAUCAUUGUACCGCGUUUAAGAUUAGCGAGUUUUAGACAUUUUCCCCCUAGAGGUGUACUAAAAGUGGUAUUUUGUUCAAAUUUUUUUUCAUCAAGUGUGACGAAGUAGAUUGAACGCAUUGGACCCGGUACUAGCAGCAGCAGAGAUCAUCGACGCCAGGGCUUAAAACUUGACGGGUUUUCUUCAAUCAGUUAGUGAUAUUUUCGUUUAACUAUUUAAUUUCAACGUGUUUGGAUAACUCGCCCGGUUACUGCAAACAUGAAGCCGGUAAAGUCGAUAUUUCUGAAGACGUAUGGCAAACAGAUGCGGAAGGUUUCCGCUUGGAUUUCCCCUAAAGAUCGCAAGCGAGCCUUCGACAGCACCGAAUCUGAUGAUGAUUCCGUAUUUGAAUCUGCAAAUCCCAGAAGGACGAGAGGAAAGCACAAACGGGUCUUCAGACAAGAAGUCCGUCCAGCCAAGAAAAAGGCCAUGCAGCACCUGAUCGAGUCGAGUUAUGAUGAAGACAGUUUAAUGAAUGAGAACUUCAACCAACCCAGAGGCCGAAAAGCCAGUGUUUUCAGCAGAACCUGUGGUUUAGCGGGUCAUCCAGUGAAGAGAAGGGCCAAUCUGCGUUCAAAAGAAACAAGCAGCAGUGAGGAAAACUUACCUGUGGGGCCAUGUACCCUAAACAAAAACAAAAAACUUAAAAGGAAUAACCGGCUUGUGUCCGCCCCAGUUUUAACAAAGCGGAAACGCCAUAAAAUUACGUUUACGAGUGACAGUGAGGAGGAAAACACUGCGCCAAAACCCAAGACAAAAUCAGUUGAAGCAGCUACAGACUCCAAUGUUCACCCUCUGUCUGCUGGUCGCUUUGUAACUCGCCGCAGAUGUGCAGGUCUGACCAGGCUCACCAAAGCUACAGCCAGUGGCCAUAGCUCAUCAGAUGACUUUACGUCUGAACGAGUAUUCCGGCCCACCAGGGGAAGAAAAGCCCCUGUGGCAUUUGGACUUUGCAGUUCAGAAAGUUCAAUGAAUGACGUUGGGAUGUCAAACUGCACUGCCAAUCCCCUUCAGGAGAUUUCACUCAACGCGUCUGUGGAGCGCAGCCUUGGGCCUCACCUCAGAAAGCCCAUCUUCUGCUCCACGCCCUCUGCAGGUUUCUUCAGAAAACAAGGACCAUCUGAAGCCUUCCCCACCUGUGAUCAGGGCAGCUCUCCUCCGUCCAUGUCGGUCAGCUGCAUCGGCGCUUCACAUGAAGACCUCUCUUUUCGUCAGCGUGUCCUUCCAGCGCAGCCUGGAUCUGUCUGUGGAUUGCAUUCUGAAGACAGGCAGCAGAGCAAGCGAGAUCUGGAUCACAUUGAAGAACAGUCUGCUGAUUUGUUUGUGGAGCCCAAGGAGAGCAGCUGCAGUGAAGCCAAGAGUGUAUGUGGAGCAUCGCGGGACGUGAACCUGAUCUCUGUAGACAGUGACGGCAGCAGUCAUUUUGUGUCUGCAGCAGGAGGUUUGGAAUGGUUGAUCGAAGCUCUGAAGGAAGAAUGUUUGAGCCGGCGCUGGACGGUUCAGUUGGACAGGUUAGGUUUGGUCCUUGUGUCUCAACUUGGAGACACAACAUACUCCUCCUGUUUGGAGCGUUCAAGCUUUGUCAGUAGCCCGCAGACGGCUUCCCUGCGUCAUCUGGUGGGAAAUGACAGAACUUUAAACUUGGCUUCUUCGGCCUCUGACCUUCAUGAGACAAAGGCUUCACCCUCUGUUGACCAGGAGAAAUCAUCUGAUGCAAGAGCAACCGAGAAGCAGUCAGAUGACUCAAUUCACCCGUCUGACUUCAGCUGCAAUGUGAUCGUGAGUCCACAUUCUCCUGCAGAGGCAAAAGUAGCACAAGGGGAGAGCCUUUCUAAGAAACGGCUUGUUAGUUUACAAAAAGAGCAACUCAAAGACAUUACGCAACCUAAGGAUGCAGCUUUGGCUUCUGCGAUGUUGCCAAGUCAAGAUACCAAUCAGCCAACUGACGUUAAACGCGCUAGAGAAGUUACUGCUGCUCUUUCUAGGGCAGACACCACCAACGGGCUAAAAGCUUCAGCAGAGACGCCCGACUCUGAAAAAUCAGCAUCACCACUGAAGAAAGAAUGUCUGGCCAACAGGCCUGUUGUACCGGUUAAGAGGAUACGUCUGUCUGAACUGAAGGAAACGCUGCAGAUCAAAGAUGCUGCACGGGAGUCCUCCGAUCUGUCGGAGUCAGACGCUGAUCGGCAGGCAAAGACUGUCCUUCUAUUGGAUGGUGACGAAAACAAAUCCACCUCGAAAGCCAACGUUCGACGCAGGAAGGUGGCCUCUGGGGAGAAGGACUCGUGCAGAGGUGCCACAAAGCAUAAACAAAAGCCUGCAGGGGACAAGAAAAAGAAGAGCACCACCGCAGACACGUUUAACAGCACCAGGAAGGUGUGUGUCAGUGGAAUGAGUGUUAGUCGCUGGAAAAACAAGGGCGGGAAUUUCAGGAGCUGGGCGGAGCAAACAGGAAGCUCAAAGAUUGUGGACUGUAGCAUCAGUGAGCUGAUCUCUGCACCGUGGAAACAACCACAGGAGCUGGUGACAAAUCCAGAGAACAUUUUCACCCCGCUGAAGGCAAAUCUGCCCCCUCUGCUGGCUAACUUAACACCCAGCACACACACCUGGAGCCGCAUCAAAGCCGCCCUCUCCGUCCACCGCAAGGGAAUGGUUCAGCUCACCCCCACGACUCUCCGGCUGUCGGAGACUCCAAGAAGGAACGCUUUGGCAAAUGUGAGUCAGGAUCUCUUCGCUACUCCUCUACGUACGCCCCUCCCCAAACACCUGCAGUCCCAGCUGCUGACCCAGCACUCCCUGGUUGUGUGUGAAGAGCCAGACUUGUCAGACGCGGAAAAGGUGUAUGCUGAGUGUGGCCAGGAGCACCCUCUGCCCUGGGAAGAGUGCAUUCUCCCUCUUCGCAGCAAAGGCUGUGUGAAGAUCGGGGAGGGGACCUUUGGGGAGGUCUUCUCCACCACCAACGCUGCGGGAGAGACCGUGGCACUCAAAAUCAUUCCAAUAGAGGGCAGCAAGAAGGUGAACGGAGAGGAUCAGAAGACCUUUGGGGAGAUUCUCCAUGAGGUUAUUAUAUCCAAGGAGCUCAGCAGCUUGAAAGAGAAACAGCACAACCAGACUAAUGGUUUUAUUGGACUCAAUGAUCUCCACUGCGUUCAGGGGUGCUACCCGUCAGAUUUCUUGAAGGCGUGGGAUGCUUAUGACCGGCGGAAAGGCUCUGAAAAUGACAGGCCAGAUUUCUUUUCAAAAGAGCAGUUGUUCAUCAUCCUGGAGUUUGAGUUUGGAGGUGUGGACUUGGAGAACAGCAACGGAACGCUGGCGUCUUUGGGGGUGGCGAAAAGCAUUCUUCAUCAGGUGACGGCUGCAUUGGCGGUUGCUGAGCAGGAGCUACACUUUGAACACAGGGACCUCCACUGGGGUAACGUUCUGGUCAAAACAACCAGGAAACGAAAGGGCAGCUUCCUCCUCAAUGGAGAGACCCACCACGUGGAGACCAACGGCGUGCUGGUCCGCAUCAUCGACUAUUCUCUCUCCAGGCUGGAAAUUGAUGAGCUGACAGUGUCCUGUGACAUCUCAAACGACGAGGAGCUCUUCAUGGGUCAGGGAGACUAUCAGUUUGAAAUCUACAGGCUGAUGAGACAAGAGAACGGGAACGACUGGAGCAGCUACCACCCUCACAGUAAUGUGCUCUGGCUGCAUUACCUGUGCUCCAAGCUGCUGUCCAUGAAGUACCGCGGUUCAGGACGCAAGGGGGCCAAGGACACGCGAGAGGCGCUCAGCCGUUUCCAUGACAACAUCCUCCAGUACAACUCGGCCACAGAGGCGCUGAGAAAUUGCGCCAUGUUUCAAUAAUGAGUGAGUUAACUCCCCAAGUGUGAGAAAGCUCACAUGGACAGAGGCUUAAAGGAGAGGGGGGGUGAAUUCUGACCUGAUGUAAAAAUUGAAAUAAAGUGUCGUAAUCCAGAGAACUUGUAAAAAGUAUAGUUACAUUAAUAAAAUUGACAUACUGGUCAAAA